AUGGAUGAUCUUGAGUGUAUGGUGCAGCAAAAUUUAAAGGGGGCAGUGUCUUUAUUACGAGAUGAGGCCUACCAAUGGUGGCUUACCAUGAGAGAGGAUACACAGGCUGAUCGUGUGACAUGGGACUUCUUUAAGAGGGAGCGAGAUUUUGUUGCUCUUGUAGAAAAGGCAAAGAUUGCUGAAGAAGUGAAGCGCUCGGAGCGCCAGAAUCGUGAAAAAGAUAAGGGCAGGAACAAGAUGGAUUGUGGGCCCUCAAGUUUUUCUGGGAGGCUAAUCAAGAAGGCCAGGUUUGAUGGGCCAGUUCGGACUAGAGUUCCUGCUGCUAUUGCUAGGCUACAAUCUUGUGCUAAUUGUGGGAAAUCUCAUCAGGAUAAGUGCUGGAAGAGGACUGGGGCAUGCUUUAGAUGUGGGUCCAUGGAUCAUCAAGUUAGGGAUUGUCCUCAGAGGUCGGUUCAGAUGCAAGUUGCAAGACUGGGUCAUCUUCAGCGAAUGAGAGGGGGUCAACAGCCACCGAGAGGCCCUGGGCAGGCCAGAGGUGGAAAUAGUAUGGGACAAGGUCGUGGAGCCCUAGGCAGAGGGGUUGGUAACUUUGAGGUGAGGCAGCCAGCAAUGGUUUACGCUGCUCGUCGUCGUGAGGAUGGUGAUGCUCCAGAUGUUAUAACUGGUGAUGAGGUGGCUGUGAUUGUGGAUCGAAGGGACUUCCUAUGUAAUGUGAUCUUUUCUUUGAGGGCCGAAAAACUUGUUCGUAAGGGUUAUGAGGUGUUUCUAGCUUAUGUUAAUGUAUUUGAAUCUGAUGGUGUCUCUGCUGGAGAUGUUAGAACUGUUAAGGGUUUUUCUGAUGUUUUUCCUAAUGAGCUCCAUAGGUUGCCUCCGAAUUGGAAAGUUGAAUUUGGAAUUGAGAUUCUGCCAGGAACGGCUCUGGUGUCUAUUGCCCUUUAUAGGAUGACACCAAAAGAGUUGGUGGAAUUAAAAGCUCAAAUCCAAGAACUGUUGGACCGAGGGUUUAUUCGACCUAGUGUGUCUCCGUGGGAAGCACCAGAGGAUAAGGUGGUUGCUUAUGCAUCUCGACAGUGUAAGCCUCACGAGGCGAAUUACCCAACUCAUGACUUAGAGUUAGCCGCGAAGGAGUUGAAUCUUAGGCAGCGAAGAUGGGUAGAGCUACUUAAGGAUUACGACUACUCAAUUGAGUAUCACCCUGGUAAGGCUAACGUGGUAGCUGACGCACUGAGCCGUAGGGCUGUAUCUGAUUUGAGAGCAAUGUUAGCUCAUCUCAGCUUGUAUGAUAAUGAGAGCUUAUUAGCUGAGCUUGAAGUGAGACCGUCGUGGACUGAACAGAUUAAGGAUAAACAGUUGUUGGAUGAGUCACUGAAGUUGGUUAAACUGUAUGUGGCUGAGAUUGUAAAAUUGCAUGGAGUACAGGUUUCAGUUAUAUCUGAUAGAGAUCCUCGUUUCAUGUCUCAUUUUUGGAAGAAGUUAUACGAGGCUUUGGGCAUAAGACCGAACUUUACGAGUUUUGGGUCAGAAUUAGUUUCUGAUACCGAAGAAAAGGUAAAAGUGAUUCGAGGCCAGUUGAAGGAAACAUCUGAUAGACAGAAGUCUUAUGCGGAUCUUAAGCGCGAGAGAUUGAGUACUGUGUGGGGGAUUUUUUUUUCUCCAGGUUUUUCCGUGGAAAAAAAUACUGAAGUUUGGACGGAAGGGCGUUAUCGCUCUGACCCCACGCACAUUGUUCCAGUAGAGGAAAUCAAAGUUAGGCCAGAUUUGACCUUCGAGGAAGAACCAGUACAGAUAUUGGAUCACGAGGUUAAGGUACUAAGGAAGAAGUCUAUUCCUUUAGUCAAAGUGCUUCGGCGUAACUGUAGUUCAGAGGAAGCUACGUGGGAACCCGAGGAGGCAAUGCAACAACAAUACCCUUACCGUUUCUUAUCAGGAAUAUUUUGA